AAGGGAGAUGUAGGAUUGGACAGUGCGAAAAGAGUGGGGGAAAAGGAAUUAUACAGACAGCAGUUCCUCUUUUUGUAACUCUGUUGAAUUUUAACUCGUCGACUUCGGAGGAAGAGGAGGAGGAGGAGGAGAAGAAAGUAUUUUUCUUUUUCCUUCUCUGAAAAGGAUUGUGGGUAUAGCUAGCCAAACAUUUUACGCUGUUUUUGCGUGUAUUGACUAUUGAGAAAAGGAGAGUUGAGUGAGAAAGAGAGAGAGAGAGGCUUUGUUGAAAUGUCAUUUUCCUAUAUAUACUCUCGAGGUAGGAGCAAUGAAAAACGCAGUCUCAAAAUCUAUCCUUCUCUUCCCCCUUCAUUCCAAAUCCUUUCCUUUACACAUAUAAUUAUUCUAUUAUCAUUUCAACACCACGCAUCUCUCUCUCCCUCUAUCUCUGUCAGGAUGUCUGUUCCUUGAAGAGCAGAAAAAAGUUUUCUUUUUUUUUUGUUAGCUAAUUACUAAGGGGUUUUCUUUCUUUCAUAGCUAGCUCCUCAUCUGCAUCAGAAAAUUUUGUUUUCUCCUUUUCUUAGAUUCUCUUUUAAUUGGAGAAGGCUUUCAGUUCCUUUGGUGAAUCGGCGGCAGGCACAUCUUGAAACCUUUUCUUGAGAGUAAAAAUGUCCAAUAGAGGGGAUUUCAGUGAACAAUCUUUGAAUCGGAUUCCUGAUCUUUCACUGCACAUUAGCCCUCGCAACAGUGCUCCUUCCUCAAUUUGCACUGGCGAUAAUGAAGGGGAUUCUUCCUCUAAUAUUUGGCGCAAAGAUAACGGCCUGAAAUCACACAGUGAUAGUACCAUAAAAGUCGGUUCCCAAACGGACACCGAGCUUUCCUUAGCAAAUCCUGUGAGCAGUGCCUUAGAGGACGAGAGCCCUUGGCAAAGAAACUUUGGGGCGGCUGCAAGCAGCGAUGAUGAUCAAAUAAGACACAGAAAUCUUCUCAAAUGUGGUAACAGUGGCCAACUAAGUAAUAUAAACCAUGGAAUUUCAUUGCUUGAUGUUUCAGGACUGAAACCCAUCAAGGGGGUUCCAGUAUACAGUAACUGUAUGUCUUUCCCGUUUUCGAGGUCGGAUAGUUUUGUAGAUAUGGAACGCAAUAAGUUAUGCUUUUAUCAGACGUCGCCCUAUUCAUCGUAUAAUUGUUCUCCCUCAGCUUCUUCGGUGUUGCACUUACCCGAUUCUUAUAGAAUAGGAAGUGCUGCACCUAGGUCUAAUGAGAUUUCAAUGGAGAAGCUAGGCCCCCAGCUUCAUCAUCAGUACACCCAAUAUGGAGCGGCAGUGGGCAGUUCCGAGUUGUAUAAUGGCAUGAUUAGAUCGAGAUUUAUGCCUAAACCACAAAGCAAGAGGAAUAUGAGGGCACCGAGGAUGCGUUGGACCAGCUCUCUUCAUGCUCGCUUUGUUCAUGCUGUGGAGCUUCUUGGUGGUCAUGAAAGAGCUACUCCGAAGUCAGUUUUAGAGCUAAUGGAUGUCAAAGAUCUAACUCUUGCCCAUGUCAAAAGCCAUUUACAGAUGUUUAGAACUGUUAAGAGCACUGAAAAACCUGCAGCUUCCUCAGAUGGGUCAGGAGAAGAAGAUUAUGUGCCUGUUGCUAGAAGUACAGUGAGUCCGAUUGCAAACUGUGCAGUGGACCUGAGAUCAGGAAGUCCAAAUUUGUCCAUAGAACAUGACAAUAAUAAUAUUAAUAAUGGCUAUCCCUCCGCUAAUCUUUGGAGUAACUCUUCUAGAGAAGUUUGCUUGUCGAGUAGGAGGAAUCCAGAUGGGCUUAGCCCGGAAGCUCCAUCAUCUCAAUCUGGAAAUCAGUUUGAGGGAAGCAGUUUUGCUCAACAAAAAAAUUUAACGAGGUCAAACGUAGAGCUCGACAACCCAAGCUUGGAGUUCAGCUUAGGAAGACCAGACUGGCAGAGUAAAGAACGUUAAGCUUAAUGGAUGACGCCUCUAAAAAAGGUAGAGUAAAAAAGAAAGCAGUGGCUAUACAGACAUGGUGAGAAUAUCGGAUUCAUAGAUGGCAGCUCGCUCUCUUGUUGGCUGUUAUGUUAAACACAGCAUCCCCUUUUCCCUUUCCAAGUUGCUUAAUGUUGCGAUUUAAAUUGUGUUGAGAUUGUGGGGUGCAUACUGCCCCACUUCCACAUUAUGCUUUUACAUGUAUCUAUUCGAAGAUAGCGGUAACGGUUUUUAGGAUAAAAUUAGUUUGU